CCCAUGCAAAACGAGUCACAUCGCAUGAAUGUAGUUCGUCUGACUUUACCAUGAUUGCGAUUUCACAUUGAGACAUGUUUCGAAUUUGUGUUUCUAGGCAAUAAUUACUCGGCAUAUAUUGCAAAAACCUCUUGAAUUGAGAAACGACCGUAUAUGCAUAUAAUAUAUAGUCUUGUCUAUCAUAAAACUGAGUCGCAGGCAUAGAUUAUUAUUUAUUGUCUAUGAUCGAGAAUAGACUGCAGAUCAACAACGUAUUUAUAAUUGAUUAAAAUGGCUAAUAAAUAUGUGGAUCUCACUAAAGUGGGUACUGUUUACGCCAAGAAUAUGAAUCGCCUAAGUAAUAAAAUUUUCGGUGAGGCAACUAGAGAGACCAAUCGCAGAUCUAUGAAAGUUGUAAAAUUAUUCAGUGAAUUACCUACAUACAAAAAUCCAGAGAUUGUUCGUUAUUAUCCGCAACACAAUGAAAUUAGUACGUUAAUGAAGCAGCUUAGACUUUAUGGUCUUUAUAGAGAUGAACAUGCAGAUUUCAAGGAUGAGUAUCAGCGUUUGAGAGAAUUACGUGGUAAACAGAAAUGGGUUCCUCCUAUAAAGAGGAAAUAAUGCUCGUUACACUGCUUCAUCUAUUUUGUAUAAUACAUAAUUUGUACAGCAAUAUAUAGCAUCUGAAUAAAAUCAAAAGUAUAGUAAAAUAUAGAUUAGAAAAUAAAUAUUCUUGCAUGUAAUAGCAAUAUUGGAGCAAGAGGUUACCACAUUUUUAAUAGUAAGUGGUAAUAAAAAUUCAAAGCUAUUGAACUCGGUUGUGUCAUUGUUACGUUCAGCCGCGAUUGUCUUAAAUCUUCCAUUGUAUAACGAAGAUCUGUUUAGAUUUGUAAAUUCAUGAUUAUUUGCAUGAUUUGGACGAUGAUGAUAGUGAUGGAAAUUAUGGGCUACUGACGUGCUUAUAUAACUUUCAAUAUUUAAAGGAGUAUGCAAUUUAUUCCAAAAUUUAGUUAUGUUUAUACUUUCUGUUGAUAUUUCUUGAUCUGCGCUUCCUAUUAGAGAUACAUUCUGUAAGCGUACCCUUGUGCUCUCUAGGGUAUAACUACCAUUAUUAUCUAAUUUUUCUGUUUUAUUAUUAAGAACUAAAUUGUAUAGCCACGCCCUUAAAUAAGACACUACAGUCAGUUUUGUUAAUUAAUCAGAAUUUCUUAAUAUGGUUACACACACUACUCUUAAGUCAAAUAAAAGUAAUACCUGUAUAUGCUGAGGUCAAGGUAUGUUGGUAAGUCUCCACACUCUAAAGAAAAAUUUGACCAUGAAGCGAUUCCAAGUACAGCUAUUUCACGGUAAUGGUUUUCACAUACAACUGGAGAACCAGGAUUACCAGCGCAAGCUUCCAUUCCAUCUUUAAAUUCAACCAUUGUGCAGAACACAUUUGUGUAAUUUGUAUAAUUGGUAUUUGCUUUUAUCAUGCGUGUGCAAGAUUUCCAGGAGUUAAUUAUUACUUCGUUAUAUUGCAUUGGUUUAGCAAAUACUUUCGAAGAAGGUGGAAGGUAACUCUGCCAUCCAAAUAUGAAACACGACGUGUAAUUAUCAGAAUCAACACGUUUGACAUUAGGUAAAGUAAUUUUGGCGUCACACACAAAUGGUUCAACGAGUUUCAAGAGAGCUAUGUUGUGGUCUCGAUCGGGUAAAAUAGAAUAGACAUCAUAGUCAGGGUGUAUAUAAGUAGCCUUCACAGAUAUUGAUUGUCUAGAGCCAAUUCCAUUUAAUCCAGUAGCAACCAAAAUAAUAGACUGUUUAGGAGAUAAAAUGCAUUUGUAAUCAAUUUUCAAGAAUAGGUAGGAGUAGAGAAUGUCAUACGUUUCUUUUCUCUUGUACACAUUGUGCAGCAGUUAAAACCCAAUCUGAUGAAAGAAGUAUUCCACCGCAUGGUGAUAUUGUUUGAAAUUGUAACAACCAAGGAAACUGACCUUCAAGUACCCUUUUCCCUCUGAGCAACAGAGUUUGAUAUUCAUUCAAAUUUAUCAACAGUAAAAAGAGCAGAAAAAUGUGCAUUGACAUAUUUAGUGUACUGAAACAAUAUUUCCAAUUUAAAUAUCACUUUGGCUAUGUUCAAGUUGUUCUGACAAUAAUCGUAUGCAAGAUAAAAAUAUCACAAACGCAUUAUUUUUAUUACUUGAAAAAUUAGUUAAUAAAAAGUACCUAGUUAAGAACACGUGAAUUAUGGCAAAUAAUUGGAAGAAUUAUUACAGACUAGAUGCAAAUAUACAGUUCAAAAUUAUUGUAAAUGUAUAUGCUGAAGUUGCUAUUGUGAUUACAAAAGAAUAUAAAAAUUUGUCAAUGA